AUGAUUACAUGCGUGCCUUGUGUUGUUUUCUCCAAUGGUCACCUUUUUUUUUCUAUUUUUUUUUUUUUCUCUUUUCUUUUGCUCAAUGAAGGUGUUUUUUAUUUUUUUGUAUUUUUUCCUUUUUUUUUUUGCGUGUGCCGUUGUUCAGGCAUCAUGGAAGAGGCAGGAGGCGGUAGGCCCACAGGUCCAUCCGCGACGAAACGGAAUGACGCCACGCUGUCGGUACCGCGUGGUGCCGGCAUCACACUAGUGGAGUCGCUGCGGCGCCGGCAGGUGCAGGCGGAGUUGCAGCUGCGUGAAACGGAGGAUCGAUUUCGCCGUGACUGUGCCAGGCAGGAGCAGGAGUUGGAUCUGCUGCGUAUUGAGAAUAGUAAGUACAAGGCAAAAAUCGAAGAGUUACGCAUGGCACAGACGGCGCCGCGGGAAACGUCGAUGUACACGUUUGCUCGCGGCGGGGAGUCCAACCUGCUUCGAGCAUCCUCGCAUAAGUACUGCAUGGCGCGCGAGGCGGUUGAAAAGGCCCGAGAGGUAUUAAGUGAAAUCAAGGCGAGGGUCGUUGCUUUGCGACAGCGCAUUCACGACAUGCAGCGACAAUGUGGCAAUGCUCGCUCGCGUGUGGAUCAUUCCAACAGGCAAUCACGUCGCAGCUGCAUUGAAAUUGAGCUGCAGACGCGGGCCUCGCGUUUACAACUCCGUGGGCUUGAAGCCCAUGUUGAGUUUGAGACGGAUCGGCGGUCGGGUAUCAUCGAAGAGGUGAAGGCCCUGCGGAGAGAUAUUGACGUGCUGCUGACGGCGCAGAGACGCGGUGACGAAAUCUUCCAGGAGCGCGAGAAUGAGAUGCUGGAGAUUAUGAAGGAAACUUCCUUUCUUAUUGAAGUGUGCAACGUUCUCUGUGAGGAACGCGAUGCUUAUCGGCAGCAACUAAUAGAACUUCAGCGGGCAUCCGAGGCAGAUCACGAGGCCUAUGAAAAUGCAUUUAGCGAUCUAGUUGGGGUAGAGGAGCGUGAUAAGGUGCUGAAGGCGAAACUGCGUGAAGGCGUCGCCAAAUUGGAGGAUGAAUUGCGGAGUGUCACCCGGGAGCGAGAGGCUGCGGAGCGUCUCGUACGCGAGGAUGAAGCCGCCAGUCGCGCGAUCAGACAUGGAGAAAAUGGGAACGAUGAUGACAGUGAGCCAGAGAACAAUGAUCUUUCGCGCCAGGUGGCGGAGUUUGAACGUUACAUUGGUCGGCUUGCGGAAAUGGCCGGCUCUGAGAGUCUUCCCGACAUAGAGCGUUACAUAUGUGAGGGUGGGGAGGAGCGGUUUCAGCUGUACUCUUUGCUCCACCGCACGCAGGAUGAUUUGGCAGCUCUUGAAAAGGAGAAGGAGGCGCUCCAAGAGGCGCGGUGGAUUGCGACAGAAGGCUCGGAGGUCGAACACCACGCUCGUGAGGAGCUGGAGGAGCUGCAGGCAAAACUGCGUCAGAUACAAAUCGAUACCCUUGACCACGAGCAGCAGGCGGAGUGUGUGAGGGCACAAAUUGAUGCCAGCCUACCGGACGUGCAGUCCAUCUUUGACGCGCUGGGAUGCGAUGAUAGCAUGAUCAUCGCUCAGCACGGCGUGUCGGUACUUUCCCGCGGCACGGUGAAGCUUUUCCUUGCCUCUAUUGAGCAACGGCUGGAGGAGUACGUGGCAGCCUGGAUGCAGCGACAGCAACCGUCGCACGUUCUAUCUCCAACUGUGGGUUAUAACGCGUCGGGCUUUGGAAUCACGGCACAAAUGGAGACAUCAAAGACGAUGCCAGCAGCGUCGCCACAUGUGCUUCCGUCCACGAACGAACCGGAGGCGAUGGAACACGAAAAGGGUGUCACGGGGGAGUUACUUCGCAGUGAAUGGGCGCAUGUGUUGGUGAAGGGGCAAGUAGAGAAUGGGGGUAUAGACGUCAACGAUGCAGGGGGCACACGUGACAUCAAACUGUCGGUUUAG